UACAGUAAACUAAACAAGUGUUUGUUUUAGCACAAAAUCGAUUGCGUGAUCCAUUUCGCUGCCAUUAAAGCCGUGGGAGAAUCAAUGGAAUACCCCUUAUUAUAUUACAAAAACAAUCUAAUAGGAAUGCUAAACCUUCUGGAGGUAAUGGAAAGGCACGAAUGUUAUCAAUUAGUAUUUUCGAGUUCCUGUACAAUUUAUGGCGAGCCCAAACAGCUGCCCAUUACGGAAGAUCAUGAAAUAGGGGGAAACAUUACAAAUGUCUACGGAAAAACGAAGUAUUUCAUCGAAGAAAUGUUAGCAGAUAUUUCGCAUUCCAAUAAGAAAUGGAACAUAAUUUGUCUACGUUACUUCAACCCUGUAGGAGCGCAUCCGUCGGGAGAAAUUGGGGAAGAUCCUACUAAAGCGUUUUCAAAUAUUAUGCCAUAUAUUGCUCAAGUUGCCAUUGGACAUAAGCCAAUUUUAACCAUAUUUGGAGGAGAUUAUAAUACUAGUGACGGAACAGGUGUUCGGGACUAUAUUCACGUAAUGGAUUUGGCGACAGGCCACGUCGCAGCUCUUAGAAAAUUAUGUAGGGAACACCAACAUCUAAAGGCAUACAACCUAGGAACUGGGCGAGGUGUUACCGUACUCGAGUUAGUGAAGACUUUUGAAAAGGUAACUGGAGCUGCAGUCCCUUUCCGAAUAAUGGUGAAAAGGGAGGGUGAUAUUACCGCAAUGUUUGCGAAUGCAGAUUUAGCCGACCAAGAACUGGAAUGGAAAGCAAAACACACUCUUGAGGAAAUGUGUAUCGACUUUUGGAGAUGGCAGACAAAAAAUCCUUACGGAUAUCGGCCGAACAAGUCUUCCAAAAUUACAAACGGACAUGGGCAUUAAACGAUGGCUUUAUUUAUUUUCUAUUUUAGUAUUGGACGACGCCUGCAAUAUCUCUAAGUUCCACGAAAAAAUUGCAUUUACCUAUACACAACUCUAUAUUUUUUUAAAUUGGGCAAACACCACAAUUGUGUACGGCGUUUACGUAUUUACCUACGAUAAAAAAUUUCCACUUUUUUAAGUAAAUGUGUUUUAUUGCUUA